UUGUGGCAAGUUUCAGUUUGUGGCAAUCAACGAACGAGAGCAGUUCGCAACAGCGGGUAGAACAAACAGUCCAAUAACAGUUCAACAACAACGCACUAGGGCAAACAGCACUUGCUGCAAGCAAGCAAGCAGAAGUGCAGGCCGAGAGCGCAAAUUGGGAGCAUCAAGGCAAAGUAGCUGAAGUAAAGUGCUUCUGAAAAAAAAAAUUAAGUUAUAAAGUUAAACAAAGUACAAAAUAAAAGAAAAUAGUUACGUGGUAGUGUUGUAAAGAACGUCGAACAUGUUGUGCAAACAAAAGCAAUAACAAUAACAAAUGUGGUGCAAAAUAAAAACACGGUAAAUUUGACUCCAGAUACAGACAAUAUUUUGUGGCUUUGACAGAAAAAAGUGGCGAAAACCUAAAAAACAAAAUUUGUGUGAAAUGCAUUGAAUAGUUUUAGGCAGCGUUUGAGAAGUAGAAAGCGUUGCCACUUAGUAAGCGCUGGAGCUUAGGAACACCUCUGCCGUGAAAUCUUUUUCCUAUACUUAGCGGUUGUGUGUGUGUAUUUGAUGGUUUUCUAAAUGCACAACUUUCGCAAGUAAAUAUUUGAAAGACAACGUAAACACUACGGGUAGCAGAAUCAUUGUCAACACAACUAUUGUGGCGACAGCGGCAGCGGCAGCACAGCCAGCCACACCAUAAGCAGCAGGAAAGGCGCCUACAACCACAACGCAGGCAACAACGACGGCAGCGACGAUAACAACCGACGCUUAAAAAUGUCAACACUUCCGUUUUUGUUGAGCGUCGCCGAUGAGCUCGAUAACCUCAACUCACAGUCGUACAUGGACGACUUCGGGCUGGGCUUCCAUCCGCAUCGCCAAUACUAUCGCACGCCCACCAUACAAUUGUCCUUGCCCGCCAGCACCGACUGGAUGGAGAACGAGCGUUCGCAACGCUGUCGCUCACACAAAUUCGUCUUCGAAACACAAAACAAUCUAACCGCCACAGCGGAGGGCGACGAAACGGACGCCACCGAUGAGGCUGGCAAUGGUGGUGGACGCAGUGGUGCUGGCGGUGCGCUGGAUACUGGCGCCGGUGGUAUGGGCACAGAUAAUGCGUACACCGAGCGCUAUGGCAGCGGCGCCAGCACUUCGGCCGCCAGUCGCCAAAAGUAUACGUCGCUGCUGAAUUCCAAUGAUGAAGAUGGCAAUGGUAAGGGCGGCGGCGUUGGUAAGCUUAAUGAAGCUGACAGCAUCGACAAUACGGUGCAAAUGUAUAAUUUGUCGAAGAAAUGUUGCAAGAAUUACUAUCGACGCGGUGACGAACCGACGUCCGGCGCUUUGGCGGCCAAAGGGAAAUCCGCUGAGGGCGGCUAUCGUUUGCAUGCCAAGUGCAUGGAGGGCGCCAACUCGUCAUCGGACGAGAGUUUGCAGAAGCCCACAUCAUCCAUAGAGUUUUUGACGUGCUUCCUGGUGAAAAAGUCGCGCGCACCCAAAGGCGCGGGCAUCAGCGGCGGCAGCGGCAGUGGCAAGAAAUCGUCGUAGGACACGGUUUCGAAGCGUCGCAGUCAUUGUUUCUGAAUGUGUUGUUGGGGGGUGGAGGAUGUGCAGGAGGGCGCUGUGGCGAGACGCAGUUGCGGGGCUUGGUUGGGUUGUUGGCGCAGCACUUGCUGCGGUGAGCUUGAAAGUCAAUGAAGUAAUGGCAGCUGAGGUCAGGUGAAGGCGAGGCGAAUGUGGCGAGAUUGACGAUUGGCGUUAGACGACUGCCGAUUUACGCAGUCAGGCGGUUGUAAUGCAGCACAACAACAAUGCAUAGCGGCAACAACAAGCUGCUGUAUUUUCACACUUUGUUUGGCAAUGAGUUGGCGAAGCUGUCAAGGGUAAACUGCAAGGACUUCGAGUUGUUGGCGCGCCUUGUGGGAUUACUACAACAAAGCGUUGUUGCCGCAGUUGUUGGCGUAGGAAAUGCGUAGUAACAAGGGCCGACAAGAGGAUUUCCAUACACUUGUUAUGAAAGUGUAACAUGCGACGCAAGUAAUUUAUAAAAUUUGCAAGACAUACAUACGUAUAAGCCUGUACUUGACACACAUACAUAUGUCUGUAUACUCCCAUAAAGUAAAUGAAAAAAUGAAAAUAAAACUAGUUGUAAGUGCAAUUAUUAAAAAAUAAAUGAAAUUAUGUUAAAUCAAAAAAUAGACCAAACAUAAACAUAACAGUAACUAUAACGGUAAUGCGUGUUAAGUGAAUGUGGAAGCAAAAUAUUCAAUUGGUGCCUAAAUGUUAGUUUCGUAGUGUAGAAAAAAUCCAUAUUGGCCAGCAGCAAAUUAACAGUUAGCCAAUGGCUCAGCGGUUUUUUAGUAAGUCUCGUAAAUUUCAAGAUUUCAAGCCGCAAAUGCUUAGCGUAUAUAUUUGUAAGAGUUCUUAGUGGCAGUAACUCUGAAGAAUGUUUGCAAAAGACAUCCGUUGCAUAUUUUUAGUUAUAUCUAAUGCAAGUGUUAUCGGUGAGGCGGUGUUUUGGUGAACUAUGACACAAAUUUUUGAAAUAUAAUUU